AUGAGCAAUUCGACAGCCGAUGCGGGCGAGCCUGUCAAGCCCACACGCAUCACACACUGGCGCCUCCUCUUUGACCAAGGAGUACUCACGCAGGAGAUCAUCAACCAUGACUAUCCGGGGUCCGGCACGGAGGAAGACCCGUACGCGGUCACCUGGAUCCCAAAUGACCCUCGCAAUCCCCUAAACACGUCCAUGACGACCAAGUGGAUCUAUACCAACGCGAUGGCUUGGGCCACCCUCGCCGUGUCGAUGGUCUCGUCGGCAUACACGGGCGGUAUAGAGCAAAUUCUUCGGGAGUUUCGAGUGGGGACGGAAGUGGGCACGCUGGGCGUCUCCUUGUUCGUCGUCGGAUUCGCCGUUGGCCCCUUGGCGUGGGCCCCGUUGUCGGAGCUCUUUGGCCGCCAAUAUCUGUUUUUGGCCAGCUACUUCGGGCUCACUGUUUUCAACGCCGCGGCCGCCGGCUCUCCGAACAUCGAGUCGUUAAUUAUAUUCCGGUUUCUGGCUGGGGCAUUUGGCUCGUCCCCGCUCACCAACGCCGGCGGCGUCAUUGCCGACCUGUUUCCCGCCAGUCACCGCGGCCUAGCCAUGAGUAUCUUCGCGGCGGCACCCUUCUUGGGUCCCGUGCUGGGCCCGGUCAUCGGAGGCUUUCUCGGCAUGAACGCAGGAUGGCAGUGGGUGCUAGGUUUCCUGGCCAUCUUUUCCGGGGCGCUCUGGAUCUUAUGCAGUCUCAUUGUGCCCGAGACUUAUGCGCCAGUCCUGCUCCAGCGCCGCGCCGCGCGACUCUCCCAGCUCAGCGGGAAAGUCUACCGGAGCAAGCUCGAGAUCGACCAAGGCAAAAAGACUCUGACGGGUGCCUUCAAAACGGCUCUGUCUCGUCCCUGGAUUCUUCUCUUCCGCGAACCCAUCGUGCUGCUUCUAUCAAUCUACAUGGCCAUUAUAUAUGGAACUUUGUACAUGAUGUUCGCUGCCUUCCCCAUCGUAUAUCAUCAUGACCGGGGGUGGAAUCAAGGGAUUUCGGGCCUGGCCUUCCUGGGUAUCAUGGUGGGCAUGAUGUGUGCUGUCACUUACACAAUCAUUGACAACAAGCGUUACGUCAACACGCAGGCGAGGCAUAAUGGGUUUGCACCUCCGGAAGCCCGCCUGCCUCCCUGUCUCGUCGCCUCGAUUGCCGUUCCCAUCGGCCUGUUCUGGUUCGCCUGGUCGAAUGGCCCAGAGGUCCACUGGAUGGCCAGCAUCGCCGCCGGCGCGCCGUUCGGAUUCGGCAUGGUCUUGGUCUUCUUGAGUCUGAUGAACUAUCUGAUCGACGCGUAUACGAUUUUCGCCGCAUCCGUGCUAGCCGCCACCUCUGUCCUGCGUUCGCUCUUCGGCGCCGCCUUCCCACUCUUCACGACCUACAUGUACAAGGAUCUGGGCCUGCACUGGGCAUCCAGUAUCCCAGCCUUCCUUGCCGUGGCGUGCGUGCCCUUCCCCUUCCUCUUCUACAAGUACGGCUCGUCUAUCCGGGCGCGAUGCAAAUACGCCGGCGAAUCCGAAGCCUUCAUGCAAAAGAUGAUGGCCCAGGUCAUCAAGCCCGACCAGGAGCCCAAGGCAGAAGAGACCGGUGCGGUCCCGGAAGAAAAAUCGAUCGGCGAGCAGGACUCGACGCAGGCCGACUCGUCCGCCGAUCAACUCGGCCCGCCGGGUCCCAGUCCCGCUGCACACCGCGCGCUGUCGAUUGCCUCGCAGGCGUCGUCGGGCCCCACAUAUGCAACAUCGCAGACCGUGUACGAUGCGAACCCGUAUGACAUCGACCGCGUGAACACGCGGGAGUCCUUUAAAAAUUAA